CAGUCGAGCUCGCUGCCACCUGUGGCGUACAGGACUUAUGUUUAAUUAUUUUUUUUUCAAUUUCGCUAUUUUGUUUUAAGUUUACCACUUUCACAUCCGCGGCGAUGUUCAGGAACGGCAACUCCAGGGGCUUUGACGACGACCCAUUCUUCUCAGAUCCAUUCCAAGCACACCGGGAUCACAUGCGCCAGAUGAUGCGGAGCUUCUCUGAGCCGUUGGGCGGGCCCUUCAUGCCGAGCAUCACGGACGGGAGAAACCGCGGGCACGACACAGUGGAGCCUCCGGCGCUGAGGAGCGAACACAGGGACACCACAAUGAACCCUUUCAGCAUGUUCGACAACAUCAUGACCAACAUGAGGAGCAAGAUGGAGGGAAUGUGCAAAAACUUUGAGAACAUGUCCACGGACGCAAACACCCACUCAUUCAGCUCCUCGUCAGUCAUGACGUAUUCCAAGGUUGGAAACGAACCACCAAAGGUCUUUCAGGUCUCGUCGUCGACACGCCGUGCCCCUGGAGAUGUGAAGGAGACUGUAAAAGCCUUGAAAGACUCUGAAAGUGGCCUUGAGAAGAUGUCCAUUGGCCACCACAUUCAAGACAGAGGACACGUCGUCGAAAAGAAAAUGAACAAGAAAACAGGAGAUAAGGAGUUCAUACAAGACUUCCAGAAUAUGGAUGAAUCUGAAGCACAGUCCUUUGACGAGGAGUGGCAGAAGGAGUUGUCAAAGUUUAAGCCAUCUGGCUCCAUGGCUCAGCUGGAGCCGCCCCGACGUCACGGAGGUCAGCAGGCACCUCUCGCUGGUCCUGAGCGGACCCACAGGUUAGUUAUAGCAGGGAAAGGAAUAACAGGGGACACCUUAAAAUACAGCGGAACCAACAAAGUCAGCGUUUGGAAUUAAAACCAAAAUAUGCCUCAGAAGUCACACAAAAAACAAGACUCAAAAGCAAGCAUCUCACUCAAGCAUCAAAUGCCCGCCGCACACUGAGUGACACAGCCGAACGCGGCUUAAUUGGACCAUUGCAAAAAAAUGUUUUAUUGGUGACUCGACGUGGCACACAAAAAGACUUGAGCACCGCACAUCUACCAACUCACUGCAGCGGGAAAACUGUGACCAUGUAUUGGGUUUUGAGACUGCACAUAAAAUAAUACUGUAGUGUAUCACUACUAUUAUUAUUAUUUUUUUUUUUUUAUUGAACGAUAACAAAACGGGGCAAUUGUCAAGGGAGAAGCGGAUCGCAUCAAAGAAGGAAACGGGUGAAAAUCAAGGAGAGAGUGGAGGGGAUGUUAGCAAUUAUCGAUCGCCCCAUUUACUGACACUCUCUCUCUCUCUAUCUAUAUAUAUAUAUAUAUAUAUAUAUAAAUGCUUUUUCUUUCAUGUCUUUUUAGAUUCUCAGUCAUCCUUGUUUGUAAAAGUUGAAUCAAGGCUACUGGACUCUUCUUGGUUUAUUGAAUUUGUUGUUUUUUUAUUUUACGAAAACGUUAAAAAAAUGACAGACAAUUAUGACAGCAUCACGGAACAGAUGGUGUUUGACUUUGGAGGUUUCAGUAUAAUCUGCAAAAAAAUAAAACAUCAAUGAAUCAAGGUUUAAUUAGGUGUGUGAUGUAAUACGUCUGUUUUGUGCUUUUACAGAGAACAACCCAAGUCCAAACCUAAAAGUAUCCUGAAAGUUUCCAACUCGACAAAGUAGUAAAACCAUUUACAUGGUCUCAAGUGCUCACAAUGCAUACAGUAUAUAGACACAUACAAUAAUGGUAUCAUCCCCAAGACUAAGUCAGAAGGCCCACAAAUGGAAACGUUUUAGUGACGUUCCACGUUUUGACUCGGUUGUAUUGGUCACUGCUUCUCAAGGUGUGUUGUGUCACGCAGUUUGUCCAUAGCAAAUUAAUGUGUUUACAGCUUGUUCCCAUCUUUUGCUCCCGUCUAACUCUCUAUAUUUUCAAUGACGGUCAGGUCUCCCACUUAAGUCUCAGUGGCACAAAGGAUUGAGAAAGUCAGGAACUGAAGCACUGUAAAUGUCAUGAUAACCAUGAAUAGGUUAGCUGGAUUCUGAUUCAGAAUGAGUGGACCAAUCGGUGUCCUUGAAGAGAUCGAUGAGAGAUGUACAGUAGGUAGCAGCUAUGCAACGCAUGAAGGAAUUAGCAUGGGUCCUCCCAGAGCAUCAUUUCGUUAUUAAAAAGAGCACAGAAAAACAAGUUUUUGUUUUUGAUGAAAUGUUAUUUGCUGUUAUCCCAUGAGACAUAAGCUGUUGACUGUUUGACUUGUUGAUGCGAUGGAUGCAGUGUUGAUGCUGAAAAGGGAAUUCCACAUCAACUGUCAUCAUAUGGUCAUAACAAUUUGAGUGAGUGAUUUAAUUUGAUCCACUAACACACAUAGAAUAUAGGUCAAUGUAUUUUUUUGAGUGCCUGAAAUGUCUUGUCUGCUGUAAUCUUUGUACAAAGAAACAUUGCUUUCCCUUUUUGUAUUGUUCAUUUUUCAUCCAAGCUCAGUAACGCCACUCGCAACUGUUGUUCUUGUAUAUUUUAAAUAUACAUUUAGAAUUGAAAAAUAAAAAUGU